AUGGACCUGCCACCCACAGACUUUGUGGUCCAGCUUUUGAAAGUCUUCAAGAUGGAGCCCUCGUUAUCACUCCUUGCGUAUGGAUUUGGGACUAUCUCCGAUCUCGAGAGGCUGUGUCAGGCAGCUUACUUUCCCACUGAGCCCAUCUCACUCGGACAGCUCGCCACCAUGCAUGGGAUCAUGGUGUUCCUGCUCAGAGAGUGGGUCCUUCGGCCGGGAAUGCCUUUCCCAGAACAAUUUGACUAUGCUGAGAUCAUGUCUUUGUGCGAGAAGAACUUCGAAUCAGCCAUAAAGACAUACGAAGUAUUUGCAAACCCUACUCUGGACAACACAAAAGCUCUCAGGAUUGCGGCAACAUGGGGACAAGAUAGGACAGACGUCAACACAUGCUGGAUGAACACUAGCUGUGCUGCACGACAUGCUCUCAGUCUAGGACUUCAUCGCAAGGCGUCCUAUGCCGACCUGACGGCAGAAGAUGCCAACAAUAGACGUCGGCUGUUUUGGUCGAUUUACACCCACGACAAAUCGGUGUCCUUGACACUCGGGCAAUCGCCAACCAUCCAAGAUGAUGAUAUUGAUGUCGAGAUGUUUGACGCAUCGCCCGACCCCAGGUUUGCGCCCUGGGACCAUGCUAAUCAAGCUUUCUACAAUAUGGCCAAGAUCGAAGGCAUGAUCUACACUCGUUUGUACACCGCGGCUGCGCUCAGGAAAACGAACGAAGAGCGUCUUGCUAUCGCAGCAGAGCUAGAGCAGAGCUUGAAGAACUGGUGGCAGCAAUACAUGCCUGUUGUUUGGUACUCCUUGAUAUCCACGAUCCAUCGCGGCACCUAUGCGACCAGCGCCUCGCCUGGAACCAUCACGCCUGCAUGCUAUCAAGCAGCUUGCCGGAGCAUUGAAUGCCAUCUCGAAGCGCUCGACCAUACUCGCGGAUUUGUCAACGGAGAAAUGGUCCACGUCUAUCUAAGCUGGAACCUUUUAUACGGCACCUUCACACCCAUCAUCGUUGUCUUCUUGCACGUCAUAUCCUCAUUCGACGGCCGCGACCUCGAGCUUCUCUUGCAGUUCUACAACUCUCUCGAGAACCUGCCAGAUUCAUCUGAAGGAACGACCCGCUUUCGAAACGCGUGCGCAAUCUUCUGCUCCGUUGCCAAGGCAUAUGUCGGUACGAAUGCCAUGGUACCGAGUACUGCACCUGUACAGACCGAAGCCAUUGUGCGGAGAGAAGACAUCCAGCAAGCCUUUGAUCCUGCUCAGAUGACCGGAUACAGCAACGCGGCUCAAAACUCUGCGCUCAAUUGGGGCCAGUUCGACCCUUCCAAUUUGGACGGCAUGUACACCUUUGUCGACAACUGGAUGGAUGGGACCCAGCAGAGUAUCGACUUUUUGAACAUGGAUCUGAGCAAUAUGUAG